AGCAGACUCACGAGCCUAUCAUCUUCAUACUCGUGCUGCAGAAAGGCAGCAAUGGCUCUUGCCUUGGCCUGGUCAUCAGGGCGCUUGCCUACUUUCUUGUGCUCCGUCAAAAGCUCUGCCACUGGUGCACCUCGCAGCAGAAAGAGGAUCCUUCCUUCUUCAAGGUUCGUCUCAAACAUUGCUCGUGCGUCAGCCGCCAUGAACGCUGAGCAGGGCAGCCGUUCUGCUGAAGCAGAAGACGUGAGUGCAGAACUCUCAAAAAGAUGGAGUGAGCCUCAGAAAGUGCACAAAAGUGCGAUCUGUAUUGUGCCGCCUGAAGAGCUAUGGGGCCCCAUCCAGGACAUCCGACGCGUACAUGAUAAGCAUUACAAACGAUGGAUGCCACACAUCAACCUCAUCUAUCCUUUCUGGGUUGACGAAGGCGACAACUUCCAAGUGGCGGCUGAAAGAGCGGUGGCAAAGUUGAGCUCUAUUCAGCCAUUCCAGCUUUCUUUAAAAGCUUUUAACUACUUCCAACACAACAGGAGCUGCACGAUGUGGCUUGAUCCGACGGACGCCACUGCCCAGCUGCAGACGCUCCAAGCGGCGUUGCAGGAGGCAUUUCCGAAGUGCACUGAGCUGAGCACAAUAAGCGACUCGUUCAAGCCCCACCUCUCGGUUGGCCAGUGGAGGAACAAGCGCGAGACAGAAGAAGGGAUGCGUGCAUUCGGAGACACGUGGCCGGGUCUAGAGUUCACCUUGAAAGAGGUGUUUCUGAUCAGCAGGGCAGAUUUCGACGACCCGUUUCAUAAGCGAUCUGCCAUCCCCUUGGGUGCGGAGGUCGGGGCGUCGCCGAAGUUGCUCUGGACUCCAGCCACCUCAGCGAGCGGAACAGGAACGGAUUCCACUAACAAAAGCAACGGAACCGGAACACGCAACGGAAGCGGACCUCGGAAUGCGCAUGGUGCAGAAGACCCUACCAGCUCUCGUGAGCAGGUCGGUUCCGAACCAAGCACAAGCGGGCAAGCGGACCUAGUGUGGAACUUCGCUUACGGGGCCAACGUAAACAAGCACAAGCUGGAGGUGGUCCGUCGAAUUACGCCGGUGGACUCUGUCCCGGGCCGGCUCGCGGGAUACCGGCUGGCCUUCAAUCACCGAGGCGCUAUGGGAAACGUCGUUGAGUCCCCGGGGGAUGCCUGCCACGGGCUGCUCCAUCAAGUGACCCGAGAGCAGUUCAACCGGUUGCGGGAGAUGGAAAACGGGUACUCGGCGGUGGACGUCGAUGUCGAGCCGUACGACGGCCGAGGGAGCAUACGCGCAGUGGUCUUCUGCAGUCGACCAGAGGAGCUCAUCCAAGACGGCCUGCCGCCGUCAACCCGUUACUUGAACCUCAUCAAAAGUGGGGCCAAAGAGUGGGGGCUUCAUCCAAACUAUGUUGCUUGGCUGGACAGCCUACCAGCGGUGGAUGCGCAAGCCCGCGGGCCGGAGUACUGGCGGUCGCCGGCUGGUUUGAAGCUGCCACCGUCCCAAUACAGCCGUCGUGGCGGAAGAGGCCGUAGUCAACGGGGCCACCAUCGAAAUAGAGAAGCGUUUGUUAGAACUGGAUCGGGACGGGUGUCCGCUCAACAAAGCACAGCAUCGCAAUGAUGUUGUGGUGGAAUAUUAAAGAGUUGCAGCUCGAUACAGCAGCUGCUCGGUCCCGAUAUUUGAUGAAUACUCCAUCUUUUGGUAUGGUUUCCUGAGUUGAUUACAGACCUGGUGAAAGAAGGUAUGACUCGUUAUCUACCAUCUUACACACUCACCUUAUGGAGCUUAAUGAUACGGAAUGUCUUUCAGAAAGGAUGAGGCUUACAUAGUGGUUGGCGGUAUUUUACGUGAUUGUCGUGGAGGACAGCUGUCUUUGGCAAGUAUGUGCCUGGCUCGGAUGACAAUGUUUG